CCACCACCACAUCCCACACUUAUAUUCUCAUAAAUCCAUUGGAUUUUCUUCCCCUUCGAUAGCUCUAGCUACCAUUACCUCUCUCUCUCUCUCUCUCUCUCUCUCUCAGUCUUCCAUGGCUGAUCAUUAUUCCUUGUGUUUACUAGGAGUUAUGGACCGUCUUUGGUUUCAUCAAAUCAUUCUCUUCCCUGAAACCUCCUCUACUGUGCUACUCUCUAAAACCCUUAAACAACAAACCCCUCUCAUUACAUCUUCUCUUAUAAAUCUACCUUCAACUCUUUCUUUCUCAACUUCUACAGAAGAAGAAGAAGAAGAAGAAGCUGCAUCACCUGCUUCACCUCUUUCAGAAGAGGAUAUCUCUUCAACGUCAGAAUCAACUCCAAUCACUUUAGAGUUCAAAAAGGUUAACUUGAAUGAUAGAAAAGGAGAACAAGAAGAUAUGGUAGUCAAUGAGAAAGAGAGACCGACAAGACUGAAUCUUGCUACGAGUAGAGCUCGUUCGCAUUCUUCAUCACCAUCAACUGCAAAACGACUUACCAAGAACAUUGGAUUGAGGAAAGUGUUACAGAAAUCCAUGAGCUGUAGGAGCUUGGGAGAGCUUGAACUAGAAGAAGUGAAAGGGUUUAUGGAUCUUGGCUUCAUAUUCAAGAAAGAACAGAUAAGCCCAAGAAUGAUAAGUGUAGUUCCUGGAUUGUCGAGACUUGGAUUGUAUAAACAUAAACACAACACCACCAAACUCAUUAACAGUGAAGUAGUACCUGAAGAUGAAGAUUGUUACGACAGCGAUGAUCAUGACAUAGUUAGAGAUGAUCAGCAAGAACAAGAGAAAGGAAUCAUUAGGCCAUACUUAUCAGAAGCAUGGCUAAUAAGGAGACCCGAUUCACCACUGUUAAAUCUAAGACUACCGAAAGUAUCUGCAGCUGCUGACAUGAAGAAACACCUCAAGUUUUGGGCUAGAACUGUCGCAUCUGAAAUUCAGCAAGAAUCUUGAUGAGAGACUUAUUUCCCAUUUGAGAUGACAUAUAAGGUAGGAGAUAGUCUCCAGUCUACUGAACAGUGGCUGAUAAAGAAGGAUGAACAAUGCAAUAUUGAUCACAGAUUCUAUUCCACCGACAGCUGCAACUGUUAAAAAAGAAAACAAGAGAAAAAAAAAAAAAAAAAAAAAAAAAAACUGUAAUAAACAUGAUGCCGUAUAUACAAAUAAAACAGUGAAAAUGUACCUUAAAUUUUUGGUUGUUUCUUUGGGGUCAAUCUGGACUUGCCUCUUACUCCAUUAAUAUUCAGGCUUUGCUAUAUACUAUAUAUAUUUGAGCUCAA